AUGAGUGAACCACAGGUCCAGGAGCUCAAAGCCGAGUGCCCUGUCUGCUGGAACCCUUUCAACAACACGUUCCACACCCCCAAAGUGCUAGACUGCUGUCACUCCUUCUGCGUGGAAUGCCUGGCCCACCUCAGCCUGGUGAGCCCAGCCAGGCGCCGCUUGCUCUGCCCACUCUGUCGUCAGCCCACCGUGCUGGCUUCAGGGCAACCAGUCACUGACUUACCUACAGACACUGCCAUGCUGACCCUGCUCCGCCUAGAGCCCCACCAUGUCAUCCUCGAGGGCCACCAGCUCUGUCUCAAGGACCAGCCCAAGAGCCGCUACUUCCUGCGUCAGCCUCGGGUCUACACCCUGGACCUCGGCCCUGAGCCAGGGAGCCAGACUGGGCUUCCUCAGGACACAGCCCCUGACACCAGGCCGGUGCCCAUCCCCAGUCACUACUCUCUCAGAGAGUGUGUCCGAAACCCUCACUUCCGGAUCUUUGCCUAUCUGAUGGCUGUCAUCCUCAGCGUCACUCUGCUUCUCAUCUUCUCCAUCUUUUGGACUAAGCAGCUCUUUUGGGGCAUGGGAUGAGCACAUUGUGUUCCAGGACAAGGAGCAGAGCCGUUCACAGUGGCUGCUGGACCGAGGACUACUGAACUGCCUUUGGUGUUACCUUUCUUGUAGUAUUGCUCAUUUCACAGCUCGGGGAUCAGCUAGAUCUGCGUUGGAGAACAGAUGCCCGACAGGAAGAGAAGAGCUGAAGGGUCAGAGACCUGAUCUUAAACUAGGAGGGUCAUGGAGAGUAGAGAGGCAGUUCUAUGGCUACAUAGCCACAUAGUGAGUUGUGCCAAAGGGCUGGACAGCACCACCCAGUCAUCCAACUGGCUGAGAUAGCUUGUAGCAUCUUUCACUGGACCGGAGUUGAGCUGUUCGUGGGUUGCUGAAAUUCUGGAAAGUGUUUCGAUUCUGUGAGCCCCUGUGCCUCCCCUCCUCCCCCAUUUCAGCUUUUUCUGAUCCUUGCCACUGUUCCCAGUAAAGGUAGUCUGCAUUC